AUAAAGCUCGUCGAUUUCUGAUCAAAUACAUCAGAUGGGGAGUUUUACCGAGGUUCUGCGAGUUUUUUUAGCCUUCAUAUUGGAUGUAUGUGUAUUUUUAAAAGUCAACUUCAUGAGUUCUUCCCAACAAAAUAGGGGGCGCUAUAUAAAGCACAUCUUAAAUGUCUUUUCUUACCUUUCACCCGGAUGUUGCUCUUAGCAGUAACACGUGGAUAAUAACAGAACUGUGUCGCCUCAGAAAUGGAGUUCAACAUGGAGAAAACGUGUUCACAGGCUCUACUGUCAUGUGGCAACGGAGCAGGUCUCGGUGAGAGGCUUCUCCUUAAGCCAAGAGCUGGCAGAUCCCUACAGACAGAGAGAGUCCCAAGAAGCAGUGUGUUGGAGCGGCUGCAGAACUUCCUGCCUCAGAUGGCUGAAGCCAAUGAGAAGCUGAAGCAGCAAAUGGAGGAGGCUCCUGCUGGACGCUUCAACAUAGAGAACGUGGAGGAGGCACAGAGGGUCAUAGAGAUGGAUGUAGCACUGGUGGAGCUCAGCAGGUCCGACAGCGACUCUGAAGAUGAAGACGAUUCAUCAAACUCUGAGGAGGAAUCAGACUGUGAUGAUGAGCACGAGAUCACACAGAAGAGUCUUAAACUACCUGGAGACAAAGGCAAGAACAAGAAAGCCAACAUCCAGGUCCUGAUUCAGCAGGGGGAGUAGAUGAGUCAGCCAAAAAGACUUCUGGCUAUGUAUUGAGUUUCUAUUCCCCCUGAGGUGAUGUGGGUAUAACUGACCAAUGAAAAAACCUCUGCCUCAGGUGUUAAGGGAUUUUAAACCUACUUCAUGGACAGAUGGUAAACAGGAAGCUCCUGUGUGGACACAGACCUGAGUCAUCGUAAUAAGGACAACAGUAAAUGUUAUUUUGAAUGGAUUGAGGUCAUAGUUGCAAAAGCACCUUUGAAGCUAGUACAGAUACUCUGAUUACGUCAUUCAGUCUGACCAUCAGCUGACCAUGUGACCUUUCAUUAUACAUGAAGACUUUAGGCAUAACACUGUGGAUCAACAUGUUUUGAUGACUGUGUACACAUUUUUAUAUCAGUAAGAUGGCUACAUUAGGCUAAAAACUGUUUGUGCUUUAAUGAGGCACAGUUGAGAUUUUCUAGAGGAAGGUUGGUCACUGGAAUAGGGGUGCGAUUAGGUAUAUGGCAAUGAAAGUAAAGCCUGUCCACACAUACUCUGCUACAUCCAGAUUUAUUAAUUCUUAAAUUAUUUAAACACGUUAGCCACUUAAAAAUACUUCUGUUAACUCUUUCAAAUUGCCAUAAUUAAAUACCAUGUUCUCUGGUUAAAUUGGUCUGAUUAGUCAGUUUUAACUGAAGGUAUCUAUUUUUGCUCAUUAGUGUUAGAAACUAUACUCAGUGGCCACUUUAUAAGGUCAACCAUCCUAAUACUGGGUAGGAACCCUCUUUUCCCCCCAGAAAAGCCUGAGUUCUGGGUGUCAUGGACUCAACAAGGUGCUGGUGCAUCACACAGUGGCUGAAAAUUUUUUGGCUGAACAUUCAUGCUGUAAAUCUCCCAUUCUACCACAUCCUAAAGGUGUUCUAUUGGAGUAUGACCUCCUGACUGGAGGCCAUUGGAGUCCACUGAACUCAUGUGUCUAAAGCAGCUUGAGCUGACAUGGAGCAUUAUCGUGCUGGAAGUAUCCAUUAGAAGAUGGUAGACUGUGCCCAUAAAGGGAUGUACAGGGUCAGGAAGAAUAUUUAGGUAGGCUAAAGUAUGUAAACCAUGCUCAUUUGGUAUUAAGGGGACUAAUAUGUGCCAAGAAAUUAUUCCCAACACUAUCUGCUCGUUCUCCUCUGACCUCUCUCAUCAACAAAGUGUUUCUGUCCACAGAACUGGACGUUACUACUGGAUGUUUUUUGUUUUUGGAUACAUUCAGAGUGAACUCUAGAGACUGCUAUGUGUGAAAAUCCAAGAGAUCAGCAGUUUCAGAACUCCUAAAAAUUAAUUCUUCUGUCAGUCACCUAGAUCACAUUUCCGUCCCAAUUCUAAUGUUUGGUCUGAACAACAACUGAACCUCUAUAACACGUCUGCAUGAGUUGCUGCCACAUGAUUAGGUGAUUAGAUAUUUGCACUGAGGAGAAGGUGAACCUAAUAAAGUGGCCAUUGAGUGUAUAUUUGUAUUUGUUCCUUUUUAAGUGAACUGAUGUAUUUUUUUGUAUAGUCCAUUUAUUGCAUGUAGCUGUUUAAAUCUUUUAUUUUUAAAUAAAUUGUAAUAAUUACACCGACA